AUGUCGACAAAUGAUCUAUCAGCAAAAUAUGGAAAACUGGAUGCAUUUGAAAUUGAGAAAAAAAUCGGUAAAGGACAGUUUUCAGAAGUGUAUAAGGCACGAUGUAAAGAAGACAGUAGCUAUGUUGCACUGAAGAAAGUUCAGGUUUAUGAUAUGGUCGAUGCGAAGGCUCGACAGGAUUGCAUUAAAGAAAUUGAUCUUCUAAAGCAACUAAAUCAUGUUAACGUUAUUCGGUACUAUGCUUCGUUUAUCGAAAACAAUCAAUUAAACAUUGUUCUGGAGCUAGCAGAUGCAGGUGAUUUAAGUCGUAUGAUACGGCAUUUCAAGAAUAGUAGGCGCCUUAUUCCCGAACGUACCAUUUGGAAAUACUUUGUGCAGUUAGUGCGUGCGUUGGAGCACAUGCAUUCGAAACGAAUCAUGCAUAGAGAUAUUAAGCCAGCAAAUGUAUUCAUUACUGCGGAUGGUGCCGUGAAGCUUGGAGAUCUUGGUCUUGGCAGAUUUUUCAGUUCAAAAACUACAGCCGCACAUUCAUUAGUCGGUACACCGUACUAUAUGAGUCCUGAAAGGAUACAAGAAAAUGGGUAUAAUUUCAAAUCAGAUUUAUGGAGCAUUGGUUGCUUGUUAUAUGAGAUGGCUGCGUUGCAAUCACCAUUUUAUGGUGAUAAAUUGAAUUUAUAUUCAUUGUGCAAAAAGAUUGAGAAUUGCGAAUAUCCACCUUUACCAGCUGAUAUUUAUUCACAACAGUUGCGUGAUUUAAUAUCUCGAUGCAUUUGUUCGAAUCCGAGUAAACGUCCUGAUGUUGCCGAAGUACUUAAUAUUUCGGAACAGAUGAACGCGCAUUUUCAUUCAGAAGGAUCAAAAACAGUUGUAAGGCCACAUCAUCGGAAUCGAGGUGAUGCAGAUUCAAGUAGCCAAACUGCUGCUGCUCCCAAUACUUAA